AUGAAAGCAGCACUAGUGGUUGUCGACAUGCAGGAGGAUUUUUGUCCUCCCAACGGCUCCCUAGCCGUCGAAGGCGCGCGCGACCUCGCCCCAACCAUCAACACGCUCCUCGCGCACCGGGGCUUCAGCUUCCGCGUCUCCUCGCAAGACUACCACCCGGUGGACCACAUCUCCUUCGCCCCGAACCACCCGGCGCCCAACAACAUCCCCUUCGAGUGUACCAUCACGCUGACCAACCCGGCGCCGGGCAAGCACACCGACACCAAACCGCAGCGGCUGUGGCCGGUGCACUGCGUCGCGGACACGCCGGGCGCGGCGCUGAUCCCGGAGCUCGACGCGGCACGCAUCGACCUGUUCGUCAAGAAGGGGCUGGACGCCCGCGUGGAGAUGUACUCGGUGUUCGCGGAUGCGUUCGGCAACCGCAACAGCCUCGAGCGGAACCGGCGCUCGGUGGAUUGUGAUCUCGAGGCCGAGCUGCGGGCGCGGGGCGUGACGGCGGUGUUCUCGGUGGGGGUCGCGGGCGAUUACUGCGUCAAGUGCACGGCGAUCGAUGCGGCGAGGGCCGGGUUUCGGAGUUAUUUCGUGGAGGAUGCGACGCGGUGCGUGGAUCCGGGGGAAGGGUGGGAGGAGGCGCGGCGGGAGUUGAGGGAGGCCGGGGUCGUGAUUGUGAGGUCGGAUGGGCCGGAGAUUGCGGGGUUGGUUGAGUGA